UGUUUCCUGGAGCCUUCUCGGACGCUGCUGUCCAGCUCAGACAGGGACUCAGCCCGUCUGUCGGACAGACGCUUUGUAAUCGCCAGGUUUUGGCUUGUUUUAUGUGCGGUUUCCGGAUCCGUGAAGCUGGCGGUUGAUCAGCGUCUGUUGUGUGUGUGCACUGCAGUGGUGCGCAGCUCUGCCCGGAGGAAACCCCUGCGCGCCUCUCCUCUCCUCUCGGGCGGCCGCAGACAGCCGUGGAUGGACGCUGAGUAGCAGAGAACAGCUGACCCGAGGCGCAGUGUCUGUCUGCAUUUGUCUGAAAGAACAAGCGGCAGGAGUGCAGACAUCAUGCAAGGAGAAGCAUCCCCUCGUCGCAGAGCGCUGAAAUGUUAGACCCUGAGAGCGAGCGUGUCAGAUCAGAUCAGCGGGCUGUUCACCUCCGAGGGGACCAGGAGAGCUGCUCCAAAACAGACUCUGUAACACCCUGCGUGCUGUUCGAAGCCCCUCUCUGUCACGGCCAAGACAAGACGUGUUAACUCCUCCUUCAUUGGCCCUUUUCUGUAUUUCUAUCAGCUUCGGGGGGGAAGAUGGAGUGGUCCCUGGAGUGUGUGAAGGAGCUGGUGGCUGGAGGGCUGGAGUAUGUGAGGGAGUGUGAGUUCUGCGCGUUCGUCACAGUCGCGUGCGUGCUGGUGCUCUUCAUGUGGUACUUUUACAGAGUGGGCCGCCAACACGACUCUGGCCCCCUGCGCAGGAGGUACUUGAGUGGGUCCAGCCGGAUCGGAGGAGUGGUGGGGGGCUUCAUGAGUUCAGACUGUCGGUGCAAGAGGAAAGGGAAGCUGGAGGAGCAGAACGGCUUUGCUUUCUGCCAGUCUUCAGAGUGCUUCCGCUGCUCCAGCGCCGGCGAGAGCCUCAACCAGAAGCUGUAUCACAGCCUGCAGGAGUACGCCAAGCGCUACACCUGGUCAGGUAUGGGGAGGGUGCACAAAGGAGUCCGUGACCAGGGUAGGUACAUCAACAGUCGACCGUCGAUCCAGCGGCCGGAGGUCUUUUUCCUCCCUGACCUGCCCUCGGCCCCUUUCUUCUCCAGGGAAGUGCAGAGGCACGACGUGGAGCUGCUCGAGCUGAGCUUCCCUACCCUUCUGGCCGAGUUUGAGAGCAUCUACCACCAACCGCCAGCACGCAGCGGCUCCUCCCUCCCACCGGGCUGGAAAGCAAACAGCACGCCUCGUGGGCAGUGGUGGACCUACUACCUGGUGAACCAAGGCACCCCCUUGGUUCUAAACGUCCGGAGGUGUCCGCGGGCCUGGAGGGUGCUGGGCCAGCUGCGCACGUUCAUCGCCAACAACGUUUUCGGAAACGCCUGCUUCUCCGUGCUGACGCCGGGGGCGCUCAUCACCGAGCAUUACGGCCCAACAAAUGUCAGGCUGCGCUGCCACGUGGGUCUCAGAGUGCCUCCUUCCUGUGAGCUUGUAGUUGGUGGCGAGCCACAGUACUGGUCUGAGGGCACCUGUCUGCUCUUUGAUGAUUCCUUCCUCCACAGGGCUUUCCAUGAAGGCAACCCAGAAGAUGGCCCCAGGGUGGUCUUCAUGGUGGACCUGUGGCACCCCAACGUGGCCGCUGCAGAGAGACAAGCCUUGGACUACAUUUUCUCUCCAGGCCGCUUAGAGGACAAAGAAGGGAAAUAGGUGUGUGUGAGAAACAUGUCUGAGUUGGAGACAGAUGGUGAUGAGAAGGAAUCCUGUGUCUGUAUUAUUGGGGAGCGACAGUUUUCUGCCUCCAGACCAGCUUUCACUUUUCACUGUGUGCAUGUCCUCCAGCUCACACUGUGUUGCCUCUAACUCCGAGUAGAUGACCAAACAUUGGGCCUCUUUUGUCAACUUUUAUUAUAGCUGUGUGAAAUACAUACUUGCAUUUGGUCAGUGUUGUAACUACACAAUAAUCCAUACAGCUUCAAAAAGGCACAAUUCUACCAAAUCUUUGUUUUGUUAUUUAGUUUAACUGUAGGAAUUGACAUAAAGCAGGCGGGAUGAAGGUACACCUGCGUUUACUGUUUUUUGAAUACCUAAAAUAAAAUAGGACAUAACCUGUAGUGUUAAUUAUGGGCUUUUUUAUAAAACCAGGUUCAUUUUGGCUCAUUCAGAAAUUUUAAAUCAUUUGUGUACAUAUAAAUAAAUAUGACUCUCAAAUAGCUAAAUGUUUCUUGUCGACAACCCUGAAACAACCUGGUUCCUAACAUUCUUGGUGCAACUCGUCUUGUUUAUUUUGCUUGUCAUUUAAAGCUGUUCAGUAGUAAAGAUCAAAGUCCACAACAUGGCUUCAGGUUAUCUCUCACGGGCCAACCAGUGGAGCCACUGGGUAAUCAUUCCCCAUCAGCACACAUCUCUUCAAGGGCUAAAAAUGAAUGAUCAUUUACCAUUUUUUAUGACUCGGCGUCGUCAGCUGGUUCAGUUUGCCAGGAGGGUCACACACCGAUUGCUUUAAAAAUACUUUUUCAUUCAUGUUCGAAUGUUCCCUGAUGAAUGACUGGGCCCUCCUGCUCUCAGAAUUUUGACGUGUUGCCAUUGAUUGUACCCUUUAUGAUUUUUACACAAUCACAGCAUGACUUUUGUUAGCCUGCAAAAAAAAAAUUAAAAUAAAAAAAACAAUAAUAAUAAUAAAACACAUCGAGCCAAAAUCAAGAGUCGGCACAUGGCUGAGUGGUUAUGCAUGGAUCGUGUUUACAAUUUAAUGUCACGUUAGGUAAAAUAAUGUCAAGGUUCUUGGAAAUCCAAACUAAACAGGCCACACAUUUCCAAAUAAAAGGCUUUAGCUUUUUUGUUUUGUUUUUCAAUCUGAGUUGAUUAUUGAGGUCCAAUGUUGAUGGUGAUGAUGUGAAUGUUUACAGAAGCAGCUCCUGUCUCCGCCCUGACGCAGGUAGUUAAUUGUCUCCCCGCCCCCUCGCUGUGAAAAUCAGUCAGGCUUUUUCGCAUGACAUGGAUCCAAAAGAAAAAAAAAGCACAUAUUAGGUCGAGGUUUUACGAGUCACCAAGUGCUGUGACACUAAAGAUGAGUGUUUUUUUGGUAAAUUUACUCAACUCUUGCUUGUUUGGCUGCAUUUGAUAUCAAGGUUUGUAUUACUGUAAAUAAGUUUGAAGUAGAAAAAAACUAAUAAUAACUUCCCCCAACCCUGAAUGAUCUGAGAUGUCUUGAAAUGAUUGUCUUCAGUGCUUUAACUAUUGUGUUGUCCUGAGUUAUAGCUACAGUGGUUGCAAGUCGUUCUCUGAAUCAAAAAGCCAAUCGUUUUUGAUAGAUUUGAUUAGUAUGUUCUGUACAAUGUUUCUGAAGUACUCACUCUGUUGUUUCUGUGAUGUUUUCCUUCCCAUCACUGCAAUUUUGCAGCACAGUGUGGUUCUCCAUUAUAACAGUCACAAUCUCUAUUUAUCCAGCAGCACUUAAGCGGACAGACGGUCAAAAAGGUUGCGAAAGUAAGAACCUUUACUGCUUUACUUGUCCACUGCAAUUCCAGAGACCCAUCUGUUCUGUUCUAAUGUUUACAAAGGUGUGAUUAUUUACACACUGUUUACAACAUCUGAUGACACCGACACACUUAGGUGUGCAUAAUUGGGUUUAAAAUCAGCAGUGCUGCUUAUCCACUAAAGGGAGCCGAGUCCCAUUGGCUUUACACACACUGUAUGAUGGGGCAACCAUUAUGUUUACAUUUGAAUGAAGGAUUUAUCCUUUAACACUUUCUUGUGUGGAUUUUCAACAGUAUUUCUGUACAUUUAAUAAAUGGUCAAGUAUCUUAUUUAA